AUGCUACCGUACGGGCCCACAACUAUGAAAUUCCAGGUCACCUCGCCUCCGGACUUCCCAGGAGAAAGCCCGUACAUCCCCGAGGGCUUCAAGACGGACAACACCCUUCCCCUACGGGAAGCUAACGGUGCUGCCUGGAAAGAGUGCUACGAUGGCAACCGCUGUGACGCCUGGUGGGGCGGUCUUGAGGGCUCGCCCGACGGAGAGCCAGUGGUGCUGGACGCCCCGCUGGAUUGGCCGGAUUGCUGCGCGCUUUGCAACGGUGGCGGCGACAAUGACGGAGAUGGAUCGGGCACCAACUCUACUUGCGUCGCGUGGAGCUUUGACCCCUCCACUGGAUGGUGCCAACGAAUGCCGACGGUGGAGGAAACGUCCUACGACUACUCUUGGACUACCUGGCAAAACAGCAACACCAUCAACGGCCUCAUGUGCAUGCACUGCCUCGGGUUUUGCGCCCGGUCGACUAGGGCUGGCCUCUUGCGGGAACUCGCGGUAGAACAACAGCAGUCAUCACCAAUAGAACAACCGCAGUCAUCACGGCUCGUGAAGGCUGCCUGCGUAAAGGUGAGGGUACAUGAAACCGCGCCUGUUUGA